AUGGCCGUCUUUAAAAAUGCCCAGGAGACGGGCUCACCUUCUCUUCUCGCCAGCGUCUGGCAUACUGUUGAGGUGACGUUUCUGUCCAGCUACACCAAUGUGCUCUUAAUAUUUGUAUUUCUGGGGAUACUGUCCGGCUCCCAAGAAUGGAAUCCCUCCGCCGUGUUUGUCCUGAAUUUCCUGGCCAUCUUCCCGCUGGCCUCGUUGUUGUCCUUUGCGACCGAGGAAUUGGCUAAAAGCGUCGGCCAGACGGUGGGAGGUUUGAUCAAUGCGUCUUUUGGCAAUGCCAUCGAAAUGAUCGUUGGAAUCACAGCCGUGAGCCAAGGAGAGAUUCAUAUGGUCCAAUCUUCGAUGGUUGGCUCAAUCCUGUCUGGCACUCUGCUGGUUCUGGGCUGCUGCUUCUUCGCCAGCGGCUAUGAUAAAGAGACAGUUCACUUCAAUGUGGAUGUGACGGGGAUCAUGUCGUCUUUGAUGAUAGUGUCAUCCUCCGCGCUCAUUAUCCCGUCAACCUUGUACUCCACGGCCCUCUACGCUGCUCCUGGUGGGAACGAGUAUAUCCUCCACCUGUCGCAUAUUACUGCUGCCUUCUUACUGCUCUUUUAUUUUGUCUAUCUUUACUUCCAACUCAGCAGCCACUCUCACCUUUUCAGUAGCACCGAGGACGAGGAAGAAGAGGAGGAGCGCCAGCUAGGACCCCUCGCAGCUAGUCUUAUCCUGAUUGCCGCUACGCUGGGAGUGACUGUCUGUUCCGACUACCUGAUAGAAGGGGUAGACGGUUUCGUUGAAGCUUAUGGGGUAAGCAGGGCAUUCUUGGGCCUGAUUGUUGUGCCGAUUGUGGGCAACGCCGGUGAGUUUGCAACUACCGUCAAAGCAGCAAAGGAAGGGAAGGUGGAUCUGGCCAUUGGCGUGAUUGUGGGCAGCACGCUUCAAAUUGCAUUAUUCGUCACGCCGUUCUUGGUCUUGUAUGGAUGGGCUCUGGGUCAACCGAUGUCCUUGCGCUUCAACUCGUUUGAAACCGCCUGUUUCUCGCUGGCGGUGGUGGUGAUGAAUUGCCUGAUUCGGGAGGGUCGGUCGAAUUAUUUUGCAGGUGUCUUGUUAUGUGGAACACAUCGUCGUUCCUGGAGAGUAAACUCCCUGACAUCAGGUAUGGUAUCGGGUGGCCCGUCUACACAGGGAUAUGACACGUCAGCGGACGAUCUAUCAAUAUUUAUGUUAUAG